ACUAGAUAAUGGCCUAGGUCAGAAAAGGAACUCGCCAAAAUAUUUUUAAAAAAAGGCAAAACAUGGCUCGUCCUUCUUUAAUUUUGAUUCAGAUUGGAAUCCUGGUGUUGGCUUGGUCUACUUGCUCCACAGCUGCUGCACUCAGUUUGGAGGAUCGAUUUCAACAGUUUCAAGAAGAUUACAUUCAAUUCAAGAAGGUGGUCAAUGAAAAAGAAGUAACAAUUGAAGCGGAGCUGAUUGAACUGAAAGAGAAGGAUCAACAGAAUAGAAAAAUAAGGGAAUCCUUAGUAAAUAAAAUUAAUGAACUGGAAGGAAAAGUCGAAGUACUGGAAUCCCAACUUCAUCAACAGAGUCAACAUCCUGCUGCAAUUGGCGCCAUCAAUGCUAGUCGAAAUGGCAUCAAUGAAACAAAACACCAGUCGCGAUACAUCGACGGAAUGCCAUCAUCGUGUCGAGAUCUACAGGUGAUUGGCCACACAUUAAAUGGACUUUAUUCAAUUAUAGGACCCCACGCUAUUGACACUGUCUACUGUAACUUCAACAAAUCGCGAUUUGAUCCGGAUUUCGAGAAUUGGAUUGGCUAUCAAGAUUUAAAGACAAGAUCAACAUACUUUCACGUACAGAAAACCGAAAAAUUUUCGACUGUCGACAUUCCAAUUCCGUUCGAGCGCCUAUUGCUUAACGAAGGAGCAGCCAUGAAUUUAAGAACUGGGAUAUUCACGGCACCCGUUGCGGGAAUUUACUUCUUUUCUUUUACGGGACUCGUGCAAUUUCAGAUGACUUCCAUUGGAGUACUAAGCGAAUUCGCCGUAAGGCUUUUCCUUAAUAAUCAAGAAGUAGGUCGUAGUCAGAUAAACGAAGUCAGCGCCGUUACGAACCCGUAUUAUCUAAUUCCAAUAACCCUUCAAUCUACUCUACCGUUGAGAGCUAAAGAUGAAGUCUGGGUGCAGAUUGCUAGGGGUUCUGUAUAUGGCAAUUUAUUCGACUACAGUGAUACCUAUUUCACGAAUUUUAACGGCUGGCUUUUAGAAGAAGAAAUCUUUAACUAUGUAUGAAGGUUUUGCAUAUCUAAUUCGACAGCAAAUACUAGUACCAUGAUAAUUUUUUUAAAAAGCACAGAAUUUCCUACAAUCCCUUUCCUACAGCUACAUUUAAUUACAAAAAAAUAAACAGAAUGAACAAAUAAAAGAAUCGCUUGUCAGA